AUGCCCCAUGAGAUUGACCGUGAGGUGAAGGUUUCAGCUUCUCAGCAACACCUUGACAACUCCUAUACAAUAAGCAGGUCUCUCACAGACACUGUGGAGAACUUAGGGGUCCGGGUCAGUGAGAACGGUUAUAUUCACAGCUACAUCAGCCCGUCAUCGGUGUACGAGAGCCGAGGGGAGAGUCUGACUGCACCCCAGCCUGUCUUCACCAAAGUCGACGAGGUGUAUGGGGAGCCGGAGGGGCUGGGGCUGGGGCUGGAGCCGGACAGCCCUCGCUCGGGGCUGGCGAACGGCUACUUCAGCGGUGAGGCGGCGGUCAGCGAGGGCUACAGCAUGGACGCCUUCUUCAUCACGGACGGCCGGUCAAGGAGGAGGAGCGGCGGCGGUGGGGGGAGGCAGCCGGGACAGCGGCACCGCUGCGGGGAGUGCGGCAAGACAUACGCCACCUCGUCCAACCUGAGCCGCCACAAGCAGACCCACCGCAGCCUGGACAGCCAGCUCGCCCGCAAGUGCCCGACCUGUGCCAAGGUCUACGUCUCCAUGCCCGCCCUGGCCAUGCACGUCCUCACCCACGACCUCAAGCACAAGUGCGGCACUUGCGGCAAAGCUUUCAGCCGGCCCUGGCUGCUGCAGGGUCACCUCCGCUCACACACCGGGGAGAAACCCUUUGGCUGUGCCCACUGCGGCAAGGCGUUCGCUGACCGCUCCAACCUGCGGGCUCACAUGCAGACCCACUCGGCCUUCAAGCACUUCCGCUGCAAGCGCUGCAACAAGACAUUCGCCCUCAAGUCCUACCUGAACAAGCACUACGAGUCUGCCUGCUUCAAGGGUCCCCAAGAGGGGGAGUCCUGA